AUGGGGCUGAUAUCCGGCAUGGUGAUGGGGGUCAUGGUCGGCGUCGCCAUCAUGGCCGGCUGGAGCCGCGUCAUGCGCCGGCGCAGCACGAAGCGCAUCGCUAAGGCUGCGGAUAUCAAGGUGCUCGGCUCUCUCACCAGGGACGACCUCAGGAAGCUGUGCGGUGAUAGCUUCCCGGAGUGGAUAUCCUUCCCGCAGUUUGAGCAGGUUAAAUGGCUGAACAAGCAUCUAAGCAAACUUUGGCCUUUUGUUGUAGAAGCUGCAACAGUAUUGGUUAAGGAAUCUGUUGAACCACUGCUAGAUGAUUACCGGCCUCCAGGAAUAAAAUCUUUGAAGUUCAGCAAAUUUUCUCUUGGAAAUGUGUCACCAAAGAUAGAAGGUAUUCGUAUUCAAAAUCUUCAACCAGGCCAAAUCAUCAUGGAUAUAGAUUUCCGCUGGGGUGGUGAUCCAAGCAUAAUCCUAGCUGUUGAUGCUGUAGUUGCAUCACUGCCUAUUCAGCUCAAGGAUCUUCAGGUCUAUACUGUCAUACGUGUUAUAUUUCAACUGUCUGAAGACAUCCCUUGCAUUUCUGCUGUUGUUGUGGCUCUCCUUGCUGAUCCAGAGCCAAAAAUUCAGUACACCCUGAAGGCCAUUGGAGGAAGCCUAACUGCAGUUCCUGGACUUUCUGACAUGAUUGAUGACACUGUCAAUUCAAUUGUUUCUGAUAUGCUCUUGUGGCCACACAGGCAUGUUGUUAAACUUGGUGUCAAUGUUGAUACAAGUGACUUGGAGCUUAAACCUCAGGGAAGACUUUCUGUUACUGUGGUAAAAGCAACUUCUUUGAAAAAUAAGGAGAUGAUCGGUAAAUCAGACCCUUAUGUGAAACUGUACGUGCGGCCAAUGUUCAAGGUCAAAACAAAAGUCAUAGAUGACAACCUGAAUCCGGAAUGGAAUGAAACAUUUGAUCUAAUUGUCGAAGACAAAGAAACCCAAUCUGUCAUUUUUGAGGUUUACGACGAAGACAACCUUAAGCAAGACAAGAGGCUGGGUGUGGCAAAACUAGCAGUGAACACUCUUGAACCUGAGAUCACCCAAGAAGUCACUCUGAAGCUGUUACAUUCACUGGAUCCAAUUAAAAAUAGGGACACCAAGGAUAGAGGCACAUUACAUCUUAAGGUAAAGUAUCACCCCUUUACAAAGGAAGAGCAGCUGGAAGCCCUAGAGAUGGAAAAGCAAGCCAUAGAGGAGAGGAAGCGGUUGAAGCAGGCUGGGGUAAUUGGUAGCACAAUGGAUGCUGUUGGCGGUGCCGCGUCACUAGUUGGUUCCGGUGUUGGACUUGUGGGCACUGGCGUUGGCCUCGUUGGUUCUGGUAUUGGUGCUGUCGGCAGUGGCCUUGGUAAAGCCGGGAAGUUCAUGGGAAGGACGGUGACAGGGCCUUUCAGCAUGUCCCGCAAGAACGGCAGCAGCUCUACUGCUCCCCAGCCUGAUCAACCUUCGGCAUAG